AUGACUGUUGAUUACACUUGGUGGAAAGAAGCUUCCAUUUACCAGAUCUGGCCUGCCUCAUACAAGGACUCCAAUGGAGAUGGUGUGGGUGAUAUUCCAGGUAUCAUUUCUAAGUUGGACUAUGUGAAGACUUUGGGCGUUGACAUCAUUUGGUUGUCGCCUAUGUUUGACUCUCCCCAGGAUGAUAUGGGAUACGAUAUCUCUGACUACGAGAACGUGUAUCCUAAGUAUGGUACUUUGGAGGACAUGGAUAAGUUGAUCUCGGAGGUCCACUCCCGUGGAAUGAGAUUGGUGCUUGACUUGGUUAUCAACCACACUUCUGACCAGCACAAAUGGUUCGAGGAAUCCAGAUCUUCAAAGACCAACCCUAAGCGUGACUGGUACAUCUGGAAGCCUCCUAAGAUCGAUGAGAACGGUAAGAGACACCCACCAAACAACUGGGGUUCUUACUUCUCUGGAUCUGCUUGGAAAUAUGAUGAGUUGACUGACGAAUACUACUUGCACCUUUUCGCUGAGUCUCAGCCAGACUUGAACUGGGAGAACGAGGAAACCAGAAACGCUAUCUACGACUCUGCUCUUUCCUUCUGGUUCAAGAAGGGCAUUGACGGUUUCAGAAUUGACACUGCUGGUAUGUACUCCAAGGUUCAGACCUUCCCAGAUGCUCCUAUUAUCUUCCCAGACUCGGACUACCAGCCAUGUAAGGUUCACCACCAGUCCGGUCCUAGAAUUCACGAGUUCCACAAGGAGAUGUUCUCCAAGGUUACCUCCAAAUACGAUGCCAUGACUGUUGGUGAGGUCGGACACUCUACUCGUGAGGAUGCUCUCAAAUAUGUCAGCGCCAAGGAAAAGGAAAUGAACAUGAUGUUCUUGUUUGAUGUUGUGGAGACUGGCUGCAAGCCUGAGGAUAGAUUCCGCUACGAUGGCUUCACUCUUAGAGAUUUCAAGCAGUCUGUUAUCAACAUGAGCUCCUUCCUCGAGGGCACUGACGCCUGGUCUACUGUCUUCACCGAGAACCACGACCAACCAAGAUCCAUCACUCGUUUUGGUGACGAUUCUGCAAAAUUCAGAUUCAAGUCAGGUAAGAUGUUGGCCGCUUUGCAAGCUACCUUGACUGGUACCCUUUUCAUCUACCAGGGUCAAGAGAUUGGUAUGACUAACGUUCCAAGAUCUUGGUCUAUUGACGAAUACUUGGACAUCAACUCCAUCAACUACUACAACCAGUUCAAAAAGGCUCACCCAGACGACAAGGAGGCCUUGGCAAAGCUUCUUGACAACAUCAACUUGUUGGGUAGAGACAACGCUAGAACACCGGUCCAAUGGGAUGAUUCCGAGUAUGCUGGCUUUUCCACUGGUAAGCCAUGGAUGAGAGUGAACGACAACUACAAGGAGAUCAAUGUGGCUUCCCAAGUCAACGACGACUCCUCAUUGUUCAACUUCUGGAAGAAGGCUUUGAAAGUGAGAAAGGAGCACAAGGAUCUUUUGAUCUACGGUAAUCUCAAUGUCUUGGAUAUUGAGAACGAAAAGACUUUCACUUAUACAAAGACACAAAAUAAGGACACCGCCUAUGUGGUAUUGAACUUCACUGCAGAAGAAGUGAAGUUUGAGAAGUUGGUCGAUGGAGAGCUUUCGCUUAUUCUCUCUAAUGUUGAUUCCGCCGACACUGACGUCUUGUCACCCUAUGAAGCUAGAGUAUACAUCGUCGACGAGACAUCCUAA